CAGCUCAGCGGAAUUGCAACGCAACAUUGCGCUUUCAGAAAUCAAAAUGGCGUCUCGCUACGAAGUCGAGGUGAAGAUCUCAUCGGCCAGGGACCUCAAGAACGUCAACUGGCGCCACGGCCCCAUCAGGCCCUACGCCGUCGUUUGGGUGGACUCCAAGAACAAGAGCUCCACCAGGGUCGAUGAGGGAGGCGACACUUGCCCCCACUGGGACGACACCCUGGUCAUCCCCUUGUCUGGCUCCGUCGACGACUACUCCUACCUCUACAUCGACAUCGUCCACGCCGGCUCCGAGGAAGACACCAAGCCGCUCAUCGGGUCGGCGCGCCUCAAGCUGACUGAUGUCCUCGACGACGUGGGCUUUGGCGAACGCGCCCAGCGGACCUUACAGCUCAAGCGACCAUCCGGUAGGCCCCACGGCAAGAUUGAGGUUAAGGUCGAAAUCCGUCAGCCACGAUACCGUGCGCCGGACCCAUACUACGCACCGCCUUACGGGGUCCCACCUCCGUCGGCUUCCCGAUCCGCAGAAUACGCUCCUCCGCCGCCAACCUAUGGUAACCCAUACGCCGCACCACCACACGAUCCUUACUAUUCGGCGGCCCCACCGGCUGGGUACCCCUACAGUGGGUACAAUGCACAAGCACCAGCACCGUACGGUCAGCCGAGUUACGGGCAGGAGCAGAAGCAGAAGAGCAGCAAGUUUGGUAUGGGAACGGGAUUGGCUGUGGGGGCGGUGGGAGGGCUGUUGGGUGGGCUGGCAAUAGCGGAAGGAGUUGAUUACGUGGAGGACAAGAUCGCUGACGAUGCGGCCGAUAGGGUUGAGGAUCGUCUGGAGGAUGACGACGCUGGCUACGACGGCGAUGACUUCUAAAAACUGGAGUCGCUGGAAUGUGAUGUGCUGUGUGGGGCCCUUUCUCUUUAAUGUCUUGUAUUUUCUCAAAUUUCCGAUUUAUCUUUUUUCAGUGACUAGGAGUGGGAGCUAGGGUCACAUGACUGUUUUUUCUUUUUUCUUUUUCUAAAAAAUAAAAAAGAAAAUAAACAUCAUGCUCGAAUUUUCUGAGCUUUUCUUUA